UAAUGGCGAUUGCUUCGUCGAAUACGAAACUAAGCGGAGCGGAUACUCUCGUCGAAUGCGGGUGUUGACGGAGCCAAGAAAAUGGAGAUAAGUCAGUCCUACUUGUUUUCCGUUAAAUGCUGUAGAAAAGGCAUCUGAAAGCGAAAUAUGAUGUGUUAGCGUGAACGAGAAAGAAAACAGGAAUGAUGCCCAUAGGAACAGAUCUUUGGAGAAUUGCUCCGGAAGCGAGAGCAAAGUUUGACGAGCAAUUCUUCCAAUUGAAGCCCGUCAAUGGAUUUAUCACUGGAGAUCAAGCAAAGACGUUAUUUCUUCAUUCUGGUUUACCUCCACAAAUUUUAGCUCAUAUAUGGUCGCUAGCGGAUAUUACAGCCGACGGAAAAAUGGAUAGACACGAGUUUUCUGUAGCCAUGCACCUGAUUCAAAUGAAACUGAAAGGUUACGAGUUACCGAAAGCCUUACCUCCAUCUUUAAGAACUCCACCACCCCCUAUGCCAGCCAUGAGUAAUUUUAGACCAUCUCAACCUUCUAUGGGAAUAGGACCAGUUCCAAGUGCUAUACCAUCGGCAGGAUUUAUUCGUUCAGCUUCUCCAGUGGAUGCGAAAUUGCAGAGAUCAGGUUCAGUUAGCAGUCAGGACUCGCCCACAGGAGUUCCUCCACCACUGACUGAAUGGGCAAUACCUCAGCAAUCUAAAUUGAAGUACACGCAGAUAUUUAAUUCUCUCGAUCGUACUCGAAGCGGGUUUCUGACCGGAGCCCAAGCUAGACAUCUUCUCAUGCAGUCUGGUUUACCACAAGGAGUUCUAGCUCAAAUAUGGAAUUUAUCCGACAUCGAUCAGGAUGGACGUUUGACCUGCGAAGAGUUUGUGUUAGCUUUGCACUUGACUGACAACGUAAAAGCCGGUGACACGCUUCCUUCUUCCCUUCCUCCGGAACUCAUUCCUCCAUCUCAUCGCCGUAAACGAUCUGCAAGUGUUCAAUCAACCAGUUCUUCAUCUAGUCACAAUUUAUUGGGAGAAAUUCCCGUUUAUUCCGAUAUGAAAGAAGAAGAAAAGUUGAAAGCGCAGGCUACUUUUGAAGACAAACGCAGAGAAAACUUCGAAAAGGGACAGGCGGAGUUAGAGAAACGAAGGCAAGCUUUAGUAGAAAGUCAGAGAAAGGAACAAGAAGAGAGAGAACGAAAAGAAAGAGAGGAACAAGAGAAGAGAGAACGUAUUAGACAAGAACAAGAAAGAAGGCGUCAGUUAGAAUUAGAGAAGCAAUUAGCCAAGCAGCGUGAACUCGAACACGAGAAAGAAGAACAGCGUCGUAAAGCCCUGGAACAAAGAGAGGCCGCUCGCAGAGAAAUGGAGAGACAGAGGCAGUUGGAAUGGGAAAGACAGCGAUGUCAGGAGCUGUUGUCGCAAAGGCAAAGAGAACAAGAGAACGUCUGUCAUAUGAAAAAUAGAAAUAAAAAUCUGACGUUUGAAUUAGAAGAGCUAAACAACAAGAUAAACGAAAUGACUCAAAGCGUGGCAGAAACAAGAAAAGGAGUUGCAGAUAUGAAAUCGUCUAUAGAUAAUAUGAGAACUACAAGGGAUACAAAAUUAGCAGAGUUAAAUUCCAUCAAACAACAAUUAAAAGAUGUUAACGAUCGCCUGUUGCUUCUGAAUCAAGAAAAGUUAACUCUUAUGGGACAGUUAAAAUCGAAUCAGAAUGUUUCAAAUCCAGCAAACGAAUCUUAUAACAUUAUUAUGCAUAAUUUUAAUAACAAACAAAUCACCCUGCAUCAGUUACGCGACACAUUAACAAAUGUGGAAAAAGAAGCGACUCAAAAACUGCAGGAUUUAGAUAAAAGUACUGCUCAGCUGAAGGAACUUAAGCAACAACUUUCUGAUCUUGUUCAAAAUACCGAAAAGCUUCAACAAGUUUAUCUACAGAAACGGCAGGAAGUAUUAGAUUUAAAGAAACAAAAAGAAAAUAAUAAAGGAAAUGCUUUUGUCCAAGAAAAAACUAAUCAGUUCGAUGUUUGGGGGGAUGGAAACGUAGAACCGGUAUCCGACAGUUGGAAUGCAUUCACCGUUCCCGCGGAAACAAUAUCGGAUGCCUCGGUACAGAAUACUACCGACGUAAACGAAAACAUCACUCUCAAAGUAACGAAAUAUAGAGCAAUAUACGCAUUUGAAGCUAGAAAUCCAGAUGAACUUUCAAUUAUGCCAGGAGAUGUUAUAUUAGUUCCUGAAGGACAGAGUUCAGAACCAGGCUGGUUGGGAGGAGAACUUCACGGCAAGAAAGGAUGGUUUCCAGAAGCUUACGCGGAAAAGAUCGAAAGCACGGCCGUUGGCGAAGAUAAAGGAAUCAUGGAUAUAUCUUCAAGCACUAAUAUAAAUACGACGGCAGAGACUGUUCACAUAGUGGGGACAGAGAUGAAACUUAAGCUUGAGGGAAUUUCAGAGGCACCGGAAAAUGGAGGCGAUUUGGGAGAUAGUGCCAUACGCGAUACCUUACAACCCUCUGAAAAUUCUUCUUUCACACAGCUUCUCAAAUCGGGGAUAGGAGCUGCUUCACCUAUACCCGGACAGGGACAGUCGGUUCCGGAAGGUCUACAAGCUCAAGCCUUAUUUCCAUGGAAGGCCAAGAAAGAUAACCACUUAACAUUUAAUAAAGGUGACAUUAUAAGUGUAAGAGAACAACAGGAUAUGUGGUGGUAUGGAGAAUUUCAAGGCAAGUUUGGAUGGUUUCCUAAAUCGUAUGUUCGUCUGUUAUCGGGAGUAGGUAAAGCGGACGAAGACCUGAAGAAAAACAAUGCGAUGCCCUCGGAGAUGGAUGCCGAUCAAGAGCUUCCCGACGAAGACGUCUCUCCCGAAUGCUACAUUGCGGCUUAUGCUUAUCAGUCUCAAGAACCCGGCGAUCUCUCUUUCCAACAAGGUGAAAUUGUUCUUGUCACUAAAAAGGAAGGGGAUUGGUGGACGGGAGUUAUAGACGGAAGAUCUGGUAUUUUUCCAAGUAAUUAUGUUCGUACCAUGCUUCCUGGAGAAAUGCAGGAACCCCCGGAAAGUAUUGAAGAUACAAUCGAUAACCAGGUACAAGAAACAGCCACUUUUAAUCCACCCGCUAGCAAAACAGAGAUUCCUUCGGCAUCGGAGACCAUAAAAUCGGAGGUACCGGCCGUCGAGAGUCCCAAGCCAAAGAAUACGAAAAUGCUUAAGAAGCCAGAAAUAGUUACUGUGAUAGCACCUUAUCAGACCACGAGUCCGGGUCAGUUGAGUUUGGAACGCGGACAGCUAAUACAGGUUCGGAAGAAGAGUCCGAGCGGUUGGUGGGAGGGAGAGAUGCAGAUCAAAGGUAAGAAGAGGCAGAUCGGAUGGUUUCCCGCUUCAUAUGUGAAACCGCUGAGUGGAAGUGGAACUAAUAGCAAUAGAAGCACUCCAGACGCUCUGCAGCAGCAAAAACAACAGACGGAAGAGACCGUGAACGGAACUCCUCAAUCUCAACCGCCACUAGAUCAAGUGGUCGCUCUCUAUCCAUUCACUGCUCAGCAUGAGGACGAGUUAACAUUCCAAAAAGGCCAAGUAAUUACUGUACAUAACAAAGAAGACACCGCCUGGUGGAGGGGUGAAAUUAAUGGUGUCGUCGGUCUCUUCCCGGCCAACUACGUAGAACCGCUAGAAAAAUCCAGAAUUACACCUACUCCCGGACAGUGGGCUGUGGAAUCUCAAGCAUUUCAAGCACUGAAUCCCGAAGAUAAGAAACGUCAAAGUUACAUCCACGAACUGAUCAACACCGAAGAGGAUUACAUGGCAGACAUGGCCAUUGUCUUGGACACCUUUCACAAACCCUUGCAAGAGGUGCUGUCCAAAAAGGAAUUGCAGAUUAUUUUCGUCAAUUGGAGCGAGUUAAUCAUCUGCAACACCAAACUUCUCAAAGCUCUUCGAGUGAGAAAGAAAAUGAGCAAUAAUAAUAUUAUACAGAUAAUUGGAGACAUUUUAUGCGAAAACUUGCCCCACUUCACGCCCUACAUAAGGUACUGCAGUUGCCAACUGAAUGCCGCAAUUCUCAUACAACAGAAAACUGACAACGUUCCGGAAUUCAAAGAGGCAGCCAAGCGAUGUUGUUUCGAUCCGCGUACAAAGGGAAUGCCACUCAGUAGCUUUCUGCUCAAACCGAUGCAAAGGAUAACCAAAUAUCCUCUACUUAUUAAAAAGAUACGUGAACACACUCCCAAAGAACAUCCUGACUCUUCGUAUUUAGAAGAAGCCUUGCAUCUGGCAGAACAGCUUUGCAAUCAGGUGAAUGAAGGCGUCAGGGAGCAGGAGAAUUCCGACAGGCUGGAGUGGGUGCAGAGUCACGUCAAUUGCGACGGACUCAUCGAGAAAAUUACCUUUAAUUCGCUAACAAAUUGCCUGGGACCCAGAAAGAUUUUGCAUUCCGGAACAUUAAUAAAAGUGAAAAGUAAUAAAGAACUGGUUGCAUUUCUGUUCAAUGAUUUCCUUCUGUUGACGCAACCCCUCAAAGACAUCGGCAGGAUAGUCAACGUUUUCACUUCGGAGAAGGCCAUGAAUUCCCAAUACAAGAUGUAUAAACAGCCCGUUUUCCUCAAUGAAAUAAUGAUGAAGAGCAAUGACAACAAUGUGGAUGAGGCAGUGUUCCAGUUCAAUCACGUGGAAAGGUCUUACUGUCUGAAAGCGGUCAGCGUGACUGAAAGAAACACGUGGGUUAGAAAGAUCGAAACGGCUUCUAAACACUACAUCGAUACAGAACGGAAAUUCUUGAAACGUCAACAUUCCUUGAAAUCAAAAAAAAUAACCGGGAUGGGACGUCUGCUCGUCGUCGUGGUGGAAGGCAUCCACUUAAAAGCUUGUUCUUCCAACGGACAGAGCGAUCCUUACUGCGAAGUCAGCAUGGGAUCACAAGAACACAAAACUAAAGUAGUGCCAAAUACUCUGAAUCCUCGUUGGAACGCAUCCAUGCAGUUUCUGGUGAAGGACCUAGAUCGGGACGUGCUCUGCAUUUCAGUCUUUGACCGGGACCUCUUCUCUCCGAACGAUUUCCUGGGGAGGACAGAAAUCCGAGUGAUGGACGUUUACCACGAGACUCGUCGGACGCACGAACCUGUUGUCAAGCAGUUGCAGCUGUAUGAAGUGGAAACGGGCAGCGUGGUGGUCAAGUUGGAUCUUCAACUGUUCAAUGUCUGAAGGACGGGUGUUGAGCGUGUUGUUAACGUUACACAUUCCAAAUUUCGAGGCAAUGUCUAUAAUGUACAGUGCAUGAAGAAUUGUUGUUUUUCAUUUAUACACUGUUAUUGCUCAAGAAUUUUUAUAUAUACGUAAAAGGGCAUUCGUCAUAUUUUAAUAUUCGACCAUACAUUCAAUUACUUCAGCAGAAAAUUUCACACAGUGUUAUUUUUGUUAAAAUCUUAUUGUAUGUAAUGUGGUCAAACUGCAUACCAAGCUAACAUUCCCUUUCUGUCAUGUACAAGCAAGCAGUGAACAGAAUAAAAAUGAAAACUUCUUUA